UUGCGUCACCGUGCGUCGCGGGCAGGCUGUGACGCUGCGGCUGCCGUUCGGCAGGUGCUAGGAGCAUGGAUUUGGAGCUGGAAUACACCGGCAACGGCGGCAAGUAGCCCCGGGGAAGCGGGGGUUCUUCACCCACCGGGGAGACCCCGCAGUCCCCCGCAACUUGCAGCAGGGGGCGGCAGACGGGGGUAGCCCAUGGCGGCUCCUCAGUUCCUAAUGGUGGGUCAACGGGUCAGGGCUGUGCUGGAUGUGGCCUUGCGGGUGCCUCCUGUUUUCAUCAUUGAUGCCAUCUUGAACUCCUCGCACGAUGCCUCCGCGGGCUACGCGUCCGUCCUGGGGCAGUUCCUCCUCCGGCUGCUGGGUGUCCUGGCAUCCGCCAUAGUGCUUGUGUUGUCCCGGAGAGCACUCUUCAAGUUUUACACCAUCAGCAUGGCCCUUGUAAUUGCUGCAACUUCAGUGUUGAUCAACUAUUAUACCACUUUGCACAGUAACUUGAAUUCCCCGUACAGACUGUUGGACCUCGCCCCCAGCAGAUCUUCCCUCUGGGCGCCACUGAUUGUCUUGCAGCUUGUCUUCGGCAUUGGAUUCAUCACUUUGCUCGAGAUCGAUUCAGCGUACUCUCGCCUCAUCAUCGUGAACAUGCUAGUCCCUGUCGUUGGCUUCAUUAUUGAACUUCCGAUUGAGGUGCAGGAGACGCUGGACAUCAUUUCUGGCCUCGUGCUUGCCAUCUACACUACAGUAUGCCUAUCCCUUCGCUUCAAAUGGUUCUACUACUCCACAAAGUACACGUUCCUUCUGCUGAAGCACAUGUACCAGGUUUAUGGACUGCAGGUCAUGUUGGAGGAUGCCUGGAAAAAAAUCCACUUCCCCGAUGUAUUAAGAGUGUUUUGGUUGACCAGACUAGCCACUCAAGCCGUGUUCUUGGUCUACGCGGUAAAGCUGGCCAGUGCAGGCGAAGCCGCCUCCUUUUUGUCGUGGAGCGACUUCUGGGAACUGGUCUGCCACCUCAUAAUCAGCGGCUGCGACUCCACGUUGACUGUCUUGGGGAUGAGCGCAGUUAUCUCUUCCAUAGCACAUUACCUCGGACUUGGUAUUCUUGCCUUCAUCGGCUCCACCGAAGAAGAAGACAAACGCCUUGGCUUUGUAGCUCCUGUCCUGUUCUUUAUUUUAGCCCUACAGACUGGCCUGAGCGGACUGAAGCCCGAAGAGAGACUUAUUCGCCUUUGUCGUAACAUGUGCCUUCUGUUGACUGCAAUUUUACAUUUUAUCCAUGGAAUGACUGACCCAGUGUUAAUGUCACUCAGUGCCUCCCACGUGUCCUCAUUUCGCAGGCAUUUCCCGGUACUCUUGGUUUCAGUAUUCCUCUUUGUGCUUCCAAUUCUCCUCAGCUGUGUCUUGUGGCAAUAUUAUGCCCUCAACACCUGGUUAUUUGCAGUCACGGCUUUCUGUGUUGAACUUUGCCUCAAAGUCAUAGUUUCUCUGACCGUCUACACGUUGUUCAUGAUCGACGGCCACUACAGUGUAGUGUGGGAGAAGCUGGACGACUACGUGUACUAUGUCCGCUCAACCGGCAGCAUCAUAGAGUUUAUCUUCGGCGUCGUCAUGUUCGGCAACGGCGCCUACACAAUGAUGUUUGAGUCGGGAAGCAAGAUUCGAGCUUGUAUGAUGUGUCUUCACGCCUACUUCAACAUCUACCUGCAAGCCAAGAAUGGGUGGAAGACUUUCAUGAACCGCAGGACUGCUGUCAAGAAGAUCAACUCACUUCCAGAAGUGAAGUCACCUGAGGACAGUGAAAUCGAUGACGUAUGUGCAAUCUGUUAUCAAGAGUUCCGCACGUCGGCCCGGGUGACGCCCUGCCAUCAUUACUUUCACGCGCUUUGCCUUCGGAAGUGGCUGUACAUUCAAGAUACGUGUCCAAUGUGCCAUCAGAAAGUCUACAUGGAGGACGAGGUGAAAGAAAACACGUCCUUCUCCAACAACAACGGAGUGGCCGUGCCAAAUGAAGAAGCGGGACAAGAUCUCGUCGAUGAGGAACCAGAAAGGGAGCUGGACGGCCAUGACCUAAGCGAGGACGAGAGCACGGACGGUGACGAGGAAGAGUGGACGGCUGAGCAGCACCAUUCCAACGCUGAAGAAGAGUUAAUUCACGAGUUCGAUAAUCUGAGGGAUUAAGCAUUAUUUAUUGGUUUUAAUUAUUUUUUUUCUCUCUUCUGCUGUUGUGUGUCUCUACUAAUAAGACAUGGAAAGGUGGACUUAUUUUGUUCUGUCAUUCUGAAAGCACAAUCAGAAUCCUGACGCAAGGUGUGAAUGGAUACGUGUCUUCUAAGUGCUACUGUAAAUAUCUCUUGGUCGCUUUUGUGACCUAAUUAAAAUGUGUACAUUCUUGUACACAAACUAAAUAAA